AUGAUAACCCGGUCGAAGCUGGUGGAGCAGCUGCGCGACUACCAGAUCCGAUCCCAGCACAAGCGCGACAUUAUCGGAGCUAUCUCAUGGGGCUUGCUGUGCUGUCUCCUAAUAGUAUCCUCAUACAUGAUGCUAUACUUCAGGCACUUCUGGUUAUCAGCCGUCAUCAUCUCCGUCGGCAUUCUUCUCCCCGCCGGCCUGUAUAUUUUGAGGCAGAGGAAGCUGGCUAAGAAAAGAGAGCGGAGAUUAUUGUUGCCUCUCUCCAUGUAA